UUCGUUAAGAUAGCGACCGACCUGUAGGCACUUGUCCUGUUUAUGGUUUCUCUAAGGCUGGGUGGAGAUUGUUCCUGUUCAGAUUGGCAGAAGAAUUAGACUCAGUAAUGUACCUGUCCCUUACUUAUAUCUGACUGUAACAGCAAUAGAGAUCAAGUCAUACAUUGGCCCAGGCGUGAGUUACCAGUGUGGAUCCACCGACGGCAAAGCAGCCACUAACAUCUACACUAACAUGAAGGUCUUUAUAGGUUUUGAAGGUCUCUGUGAAUCUUUCGACAUUCUUCCUGGACAAACUGUAAAGGAUGUCAAACAGAUGAUCAAGGACUUUUUUCACAUCCAGCUGUCAGAUGACAAACAAGGGAGACGAUAUCUGGAGCUGACAUACGCGGGAGGAGUGCUGAGAGAUGAGUGGGUUCUCGCAGAUGCUGGCAUUACUCUUUGUUCUACCAUUAAAUGUACUGUUAAGGAAGAAGAAAAGCCGGCUCUCUAUGUACAUAAUGCAGUGACACAAGAAAAGGUCCCGAUAAUGGGAAAUGUUCAUCUUCUCGCUGAAACAGUUUCACAGCUAAAAUCCCUAGUGUCUGUGAAAUGUGGAUUCCCAGUCGGUGUUUUUUGCUUGAAGACAUUAGAAGGCAAAGAAAUGUAUGACUGUAACACCCUGAGCGAUUACAAGCUGGAAAUAGGCUCAGCAUUGAGACUGGAUGUAUGGGAUGGCUGGAAGGAACUUUUGGCAUCCUGUGUCUUGGGCCACAAGCAAAAUGUUCAACGGUACUUGUCGAAGAAUGAAACCAUCCUCAGAUAUCAGCAGAGAGUAGCCCUUUACAUAGCUGCACAUUUUGGCCAUCUGAAAAUGGCAGACUGGCUUCAGAAGAAGGGUGUAAGAGCAGAUGAAGCCAUUGGUGUCCAUCCAUAUAGAGAAUGGUGUUGUGAAACUGAUCACCCAGAUAUAAGCAAAUGUGCCAUUCAUGCAGCUGCUGAAGCAGGCCAAAUCAUUUUGAUCAAAGCCUUUGUUGCACAUAAUGUUUUGUGUUUAGAUUGUCAGACUCCUUUUGGUCAGACACCUCUCAGGACAUGUAUCCACCAGGGCCACAAAGACUGUGUAUUAUAUUUAAUCAUGAAGAUGUGGUCAGUUGUCGCUUUCCCAAAUAUUUCUCUCCCUAUGAAUAUCUAUGUCAAGAUCAAAAAGUGGCUUUUUGUGACUCAGAAAAAAUUAUGCAAAGUGAAGAGGUGGGAUCCACAAUUUAAAACACGUGUUGGGGACCCAUUUGUUGUGGAUGGUUUCACAGAACCCAAGAUGACUAGUAAAAGUCUGCAUAAUCUUUAUCAAGACAAAUGGAAAACAAUUAGGAUUUAUAACAAUUGUCGGACUCAGAGCAGCCAAAACUUUGCUAAUGCUGUCUUAAAACUCCACCCUAUGACACCAACACCAUGCAGGUUUCCUCCUAUCACAAAAACAGCAGAAAAUUCAGCUCAGAGAAGACUUGGAGUAGAACCGGAAUCUUUGGAUAUUAUUCAUAACAUUUGGAAGGCUCAAAUUUCUCUUCCACCCAUCAGCAGCAUUAGCAGUAACCGCCCACGCAAUUUAACAAUGCCACAUGCUACCCUUCUUCUGAAUUCUUCCCUAGAGUCUUUCUCAAAGCACCAUGGUCGGACACCAAGGCAAAAUGCAAUAUAUUUCUUAAGUCUAGCCAGUGAAUUUAAAGAAAAACCUUGGCUCCAGCAGCUAGACAUGGCUCGGAUGUUGGCCAAGAAAAUGGUCUACCAGCACUAAGGACAGCAAGAUUACGCUCUACAGACAGCUACCCCGGGACAGUUAACAUCACACAUACAGUCCUGAUCAAAAGUUUAAUCAUAUUUUACAUUGUUGGAUCUUACCAAGGUUCCAAGU